AUGGCAAAAACGACGAAGCCGGUCGUUCAUGUCAGGGUGAGUCGUAAGGCCCCGAUGCCUGCAAAGCGAAAAAACAAAGCAGAGUCUGUUCAGACCAAAAUCAAACAUUUAGAACUUGAAAAUUUAAAAUUACAAUAUAAGCAUAAAAAGCUUAUUCAAGAUUUCAAUCAGUUAAAAAUAGCAUAUGAAGUCUUAGAGUCCGAAAACAAAACAUUUCAUAUGUUAAUUUCUUUUUUCUUUUUAAUUCUUAUAAUAUGUAUUGCGAUCUCAUUAUUAUAA